AGAACCAAAUUGUUAUCUUGUAAAGCUGCAUUUUGAUUUAAAUCUAUAGUUUAAUAUCAGGUAUAGUGUCGUAGAUCAGACAAAAGCAAGUCUGUAACCACACAACUGAACCUGUCAGCAGGUUUAAUGUUUCAGUCAGGAAGCGAGAAGCGCAACGCGGAAGAUAAUGCGCUCUGUUCACGUGUGUGGGUGUGCCGGCGCGCACAGAUACGCCGCGUAGGAGCGCGCGCCACACCAGAGAGGGGUCUCCCUUUGCAACAGGACGGCUUUUUAAUGUGUGAAAAAUUCGGACAACAAACAACAAGGAAGUCCCGCAGAGGAAUUUCAUACCUAAAGUCAAAGUAAACUUUCUGAAAGGGAAAUGACCAGAUUUGAAGAUUAAAGUGAAUCACCUCUGCGCCUCUCCUCGUGCGUCCUUGCGACGGAUUGAAGUCUCCAAUGCCCAAAGGGUACCGGAGAAAGAGCUCCAAGGACUUCGGGGCUUCUGGAACUGUAAUAAAUGAGGGAUCGCGUGUAGAGCGACGAGCGUCCGGUAAGACUUCUCAGACUGACGAUGAUCUCAUUCAGAAAGCUGCUCCAAGCGUCCCGCCAGCCGCACUCGGAGCGCCGACUGUGAUGGAUGCGCCCCUGGUCCCGCAGGUCACCAUCACCCCGGAGGGUGGCGGCUCCUCCCGGGAGAUGCAGCACGAGGACUGGGAUGAUGCUGCGGACGGUACCCUGCGCAGGAAACUGUCCAACUCGUCCAUCUCCUCCACGGGGUCCUCUCCUGUGGAGUCCGAGGAUGAUUUACUCAGCGACAACGAGAGCAAAGGCAUCGUUACUUUAGAGCCUCUGGUGGACACCGGAGAGAGCAAGUCGUGGUGGAAGUUGAAGACAGUCGUCCAAUGGCCCUUCAGUGCUACGCAGAGGCGAAAACUGAACUGGGUUCAGCUAGCCGGGCAUAAAGGUAACUUCAAAGCAGCGGAUGAGGGCACCAUCCUGAAGAAGUUCUCGGAAAACGAGAGGCAGUGUUUUGAGAAGCUGAGGGAUGGGGAUGAUGCGCUGCUCCCAUUCGUGCCCAGUUACCACGGCACUGUGGAAAAAGAUGGAGAGUUCCACCUUCAUAUGACUGACCUGCUGGUGAACUUUGACCUUCCCAAUGUCAUGGACUGCAAGAUAGGAGUGAGGACAUACUUGGAGGAGGAGCUUGUUCGUGCAAGGGAGCGACCCAAGCCGAGGGAAGACCUGUACAAUAAAAUGAUGGAGGUGGACAGCGAAGGCCCAACUUCCCAGGAGCAUUCCCAACGAGGCGUCACCAAGCCUCGCUACAUGCAGUGGAGGGAGACCAUGAGCUCCACCAACACACUGGGCUUCAGGAUAGAAGGAAUCAAGAAAUGUGACGGUACGUGUCGGACUGACUUCAAGAAAACCAGGUCGAGGCAGGAUGUCAUCCAGGUGUUCAGGGACUUUGUCGGAGAGAACGUGAACAUCUUAAAGUCUUACCUGAGCAGACUGACGGAGAUCCGACAGGCCCUGAAGGCAUCACACUUCUUCAGGAAGCACGAGGUCAUUGGCAGCUCUCUCCUCUUCAUCCAUGACCACACCUGCAAAGCACAGGUCUGGAUCAUUGACUUUGGCAAGACCACGCCGAUGCCAGAGGGCCAGAUGUUAAACCAUAACGUUCCCUGGCAGGAAGGCAACCGGGAGGAUGGCUACCUGUGGGGGCUGGAAAACCUCAUCCACACACUGGAGUCUGUAAGCAGAGAAGACACAGGCGAAGAAACCUUUUGCUCAGAUGCAAAAGAAAAUACCCAAACUACCGAAACAGAUGAUCAGUGACCUUUGACCUGGAGAUGGGUGAAAGGAAGUCAAACUAUUUUAAUGGUCACCACAGAGAGACCGUUUGGGAAAUGUAAUAAAUGUUGAUGUGCUUUGGGGUGCUCGAUGAUAAAUGUAACAAAAAUUGCAGAAAUGUUAAAAAAAAGCCCAAGAGCAGCUUCAUAAAGCUACUGACAGAAAAGACACCAUAGACACUGAAGAGAGAAGCAGAGAGUUUGUCACUAGUUACUGAACGACUGAGCAAAUGAACUGACACUAAUUCAACUUCAGAUAAAAUUAACAGAAGUGAAAGUGUAAGGACCCUCAAAUUCAGGGAGUAAAGGAAAUGCUCAUGAAAUGUAAAUUAAAGCAAGGAGAGAGUCCUCAGUCCUCCUUAUUACGCUCUCACCUUCAGCUCUGACAACACCUCUGUAGGUGUAAUAUUAAAAGAGUAAUUCAAUGCAGUAGGAAGAUCAAAGAACUCCCAGUCAUAUAACUACAACACAUAGCAUAUUGUAAAUAUAGUACUGCAUACUGUAUAAUCAUGAGUGUAUUAUCUGUGACACUGUUCUGACAAACUCUUUUAUUGUAAAUCAAUUUAUAUUUCUUUCACUGAUUUGGUUCCUGUAAUCAAACUUGUUAUUUAGCACUUUUUGGGGUCUUUUUCAGAGACGUUGUGAAAAGGAAAAAUAUAUGAAAAUGUACUUGGAAUUAAAAUGGGCAAAUACUGUUCUUUUUUUAAA